AUGCGGUUCGCGAUAAUCCUCCUACUAUUACCUGCCGUGCUACUCCUACAACUCGGGACAUGGACGGAGACGGAGGAGGGCAAACUAAUCGAAGUCUUCAAGGAGGCGAUCCCAAUCCUGACCAAUCAGCAGAUCAAAGCCAUACUGAUCUGCCUAAAACGCGAGUGUGCCGUCUCCUGCGGAGAAUCCCGUUUCCGGCAUUGUGUACUGACAACCAUCAAGACCGAUCCCAGGAUGGCUCGAAUAAAGGCCGCAGCUAAAAGUGAUGGCUGGGACCGGCUGAUGAGGUUCCUCGGUGUGUACUGGGAC